GUUGACCAGUCCCGUCCACGCUUCAGCCGGGCAUCAUGAACCUCUGGAGUCUGAAGUUUGUUAUUCUGACAGCACUUCAGGCUUUAUCUGUCGCUUUGUGUGACAGCGUGCUCUCCACAUCUGCUGAAGGGAGUCUUCUGAGCACGACUGUUCAACACAGACCAACAGCAAAGCAGAAACACUAUGGGACUACAGUGCCUCUUCAGCUUGUUGGAAAAGAAUGGAAACCCACCAGCCAGCUCCCAAUCCAGAGUCACCCCGCAUCACUGAAGCUCCUGAUUGAAGCGGAAGGUGAGCAGCUGCUCUUGGCGCUGGAGAAAAACGAGGGGCUGUUUUCAAGUAACUAUACAGAAACCCAUUACCUAGAAGACGGCAUUGCAGUCACCGGCUCGGACAACUUCACGGCAAACUGCUACUACCACGGUGAGGUGGAGGGACAUGGCAACUCGGACGUCAGUCUCAGUACCUGUACUGGUAUAAAGGGUUUCAUAACUCUUGAAGGCAAAUCCUAUGUACUGGAACCAUCUGCUGAUCACUCCGAUGGGACUCACUGGAUCUACACAGCUGAACACCUCAAUUUCGCUCCUGGCACCUGUGGCCAUGAUUUCAACAUAACCUACCCCAUUGAACAUGCAGACAGCAGUCCGUUCAGGGCUUUCAGCACAAGGCACAUAAAACGCCACGUCCAGACUACGACCAAGUAUGUGGAGUUGAUCAUUGUCGCUGACAACAGAGAGUUUCAGAAGCAAGGCAAGGACAUGGAGAAGGUCAAGCAGCGGCUGGCUGAGAUCGCCAAUUACGUGGACAAGUUCUACAGGGCUCUGAAUAUCCGCGUGGCCCUGGUGGGCCUGGAAGUAUGGAGUGAUGUAGACAAAUGCCCCAUAACCCAGGACCCCUUCACCACCUUGCAUGAGUUCCUAGACUGGAGGAAGGUCAAGCUGCUCCCUCAGAAGCCUCAUGACAACGCCCAGCUGAUCAGUGGGGUCUAUUUCCAGGGCACCACCAUUGGUAUGGCACCCAUCAUGAGUAUGUGCACAGCAGAGCAGUCGGGGGGGAUCGUCAUGGACCAUUCAGACAACCCCCUGGGCGCUGCAGUCACUCUGGCCCACGAGCUUGGCCACAACUUUGGAAUGAACCAUGACACCCCGGAGAGGGGGUGUGGCUGCAGGGUGACCGUGGACCGUGGAGGAUGCAUCAUGACUCCCUCCACCGGGUAUCCGUUCCCCACAGUGUUCAGCAGCUGCAGCAAGAAGGACCUGGCAGCCAGUUUUGAAAAAGGCAUCGGGAUGUGUCUGUUCAACAUGCCUGAGGUCAAGGUGCUCUACGGCGGGCAGAAAUGUGGCAACGGCUACGUGGAGGAGGGAGAGGAGUGCGACUGUGGAGAACUCGAGGAAUGUAUGAAUCCCUGCUGCAAUGCUACUACCUGCACUCUGAAGGGGGACGCAGUUUGUGCGCACGGACAAUGCUGCCAAGAUUGUCAGCUAAAGCCAGCUGGAACUCCAUGCCGUGAAUCCAGCAACGCUUGUGAUCUUCCCGAGUUCUGCACCGGCAUCAGCCCCCACUGCCCCUCCAACGUCUACCUGCAUGACGGCCACGCCUGCCACAGCCUGGACGGAUACUGUUAUAACGGCAUCUGCCAGACCCACGAGCAGCAAUGCAUCACUCUGUGGGGCCCAGGAGCAAAGGCAGCUCCUGGCAUUUGCUUUGAAAGGGUUAACUCGGCGGGGGACCCCUACGGCAACUGUGGCAAGGACUCUAAAGGCUCAUUUAGCAAAUGUGAAGCACGAGAUGCUAAAUGUGGCAAAAUCCAGUGUCAAGGAGGAGCUAACCGCCCAGUAAUUGGUACCAACGCUGUUUCCAUAGAGACAAACAUCCCCAUGCAGGAAGGGGGAAGGAUACUGUGCCGAGGCACGCACGUCUACUUGGGUGAUGACAUGCCCGACCCCGGCCUCGUGCUGACGGGCACCAAGUGUGGAAACGGACUGAUGUGUCUGAAUCGUCAGUGCCAGAACGUCAGCGUCUUUGGCGGGCACGAUUGCUCAGCCAAGUGCAGCGGUCAAGGGGUGUGCAACAACAACAAGAACUGUCACUGUGAGGCUCACUGGGCACCUCCCUUCUGUGACAAGGCUGGUUUUGGGGGCAGUUUGGACAGUGGCCCCAUCAGGUUAGCAAACAGUGGGGGUCUGACAGUGGGCAUCCUGGUGGCUCUCCUCAUUGUGCUGGGGGCCGGUCUGAUCAUCUGCAUCAAGAGGAAAACAGUACUGGGACUGCUCUUCACCAGUAAAAAGAACCCAAUUGAGAAGCUCAGAUCAGUGAGCGCUGCAAUCAGCAGACCCUCCUCUCCGAACCAGCCUCCGUCGCUGAGCACGGCGUCUCCGUCGCGACCGGCCCCGCCCCUCCCUCACGCGGCCACCGUCUUCAAGCUUCCACACCGGGGUCCAGAGGCGGGGCCCCCACCGCCCCCCUACCCCUCCCACAGCCUGCGCAGACUGCCCCAGUGCCCCCCGGUUCACCUCAGCCACCCUGUCCCUCUGUCUCUCACCCUGUCCCUCUCCCCCGGCCCCGCACUGCCUAGACCGCCCCUGCCCCCCCCCCACAUCCACGUGGCACCGAGGGGGGCGUCGUUUCGCAGCGCGUCACGCCAUAACUCUUGCAGGAUGGUCAUGGAGUUGGAGAAGCCCAGUCCUCCUCAGAAACCCCUUCCGGCCGAUCCUAGGAGCGCUCGUGUGGUGCGAGGUCCCUCUGUAAUGCGGGGGGCCUCGGCUGUUUGUGGCCCCGCACCAACACCUGGUGUACCCAGACCUUUGCGGCCUAUCCCACAUCCCAACAGACCCAGUCCCAAGCAGCCUCCAACACUACCAAAGCCUUGCAUAAUUGCCAACGUCAAAUACAGCAGCUGAGACUUUCGCCGGGAUGGGACAAUGUUGUGAUAAGACACUUAAAGAAUUUGCACUAUGAAAACUCUGAAAUCCUUAAAAACAAAAGAUGGCGGCUUGUCUGAGUUUUGAAUCAGGAGGUCUGCCACGUCCCUUUUGGUGCUCUGUCCCUGAAUGGUGCUACGAGUCUGAGCUCAGGUACAUGUAAAGUAUUUAUAUUGUGUAUUUAUUGCCACGCAAUGCACUGUGCCAGACACUUUUACUACACGGUAGCACAUUUUUUUAAUUUGUCGUUUGCAUCAGUUUCACCUUUUUUUUAAAGGGCAGUCACGGAAAGGUCUCGGAAAUCGAAUCCAAUAUGUGAUAUUCUGAUUGCAGAGAUGAUUUUAUUAAAUGUGUUUAAAUGAAGGGAACCUUUUACAAGAUGGUUUUGAUCUGUAAACUACAGGUAGAAUUGGAAAAGGAGUAUUGUGCAAUGAUGAAAAAAAACACUUCUAGUUCAUUUAAAACACAGAUGGGCUUUUCUUGAAGAGCAAUGCUCACCGUUUUGAUAAGGCUUGAAACAACUACAGAAAAGGAAAAAGCGAUGUUACAGCAAUGUGUUCUGGGGAGAAAGGGCUGAUUUUUUUUCAAUAGACAGCUGAAUUACAAGUCUGUCUCCUCUGCAUUUAUAUUUCGGAAAGGUAACAAGUGGAUUUGGGAAACUGUCACUUUGCCAUUUCCUUUUUUUUUUAACAAGACCCAGGAGGCUCACUCAAAGGAUCUGGGUACUGAGGUAUGGACUGAACACGGAUCCAAAAGAGCGAGAUCAAGGAAGCAUUUUUUCCUCAGAGGGAGUAAUCGUCUCAGAAAUAUUGCCCUGCUUAAGGUCAUGUGUGUUUUUUAAGAGUCUCCCUGUGUGCCUGUCUACACGAGGACUCUGAGUGAAGGACUUUCUUAAAGCUGAGGCCACGAAGGAGUCUUUUUAGAGGCACUGAGGUGUGGAUUACAAAUCAUGAUUUUAUUGUAACGGGGUAAAGUCGAGUUAACAAGGACACAUGUCUUGAUUUCUUUCUGCCACUGAAGUUAAGUUUCAUCUAAAGUAACGUGGCAUUUUUCUAUAUUUUGUGCUUUUUAAAUUUGGCUAUUAAGAUGAGUUUUUUUUUAAAACAAUCUACAUGCCAGAUAUACAAUCCUACAUAAACUGUAUUUUGAGUGAUUGAACAUUCUUUCAUCCUUUUUGCAGGAUUAUUAUUUUACUGAAUUGCAGCGCUGCAUGUAUACAUUCACACUGAGCAACUUUUCCUUUAAGCACAGCUCUUGUUCACAAAUAUGUAGGCUGAAAUAGACUUUGAACUUUUCUUACUUUUGAUACUGCUAUCUUUUUUUAUAAUGCACUAGUUUUAAACUCGGUGCUUUGAUUACUUUUGCUUUUUCAAUGCUAUGUGUCCAUGUAGGCAGUAUUUGAGUCCUGUCACCUGAAUGUAUGUUAAGUCCAUAUGUUUCUCGUAUGUUGUGUUACAGGUGAACACAUUUCCAUGGAGAAUGCUUUUUUUAUAAUGAUUGUUUGAUACAUUCUAUGUAAAGAAAACACACUAAGUAUCUGGUCAUGGUAAUUUGAACACUCAUGCAGUAUUAGUAAAACAGUUUUU